AUGGAACGCGGCACGCUGCACGUGCACUUUUGGAUUCCGGAAGUGAAUGCUGUUUCGCAACUGAUCAAGGUUCAGCGUAAGAAAAUUACCAUCCCGAUUGCGGGUAUUGGCCAAUCUGCAACUCAAACUAAAGGAAAAUUUUCGUCACUAGUCUGCUCUCGUAUUACCGAUUAUUCUGCUACUGUCAAAUUUCUCGUACUCCCAAAGGUUACUGUCGAUCUCCCAGCAACUUCUGUUAACAUGUCAGCAUGUAAAAUCCCAGCUGAUGUGCAACUAGCGGAUCCCGCAUUCUUCAAAUCAAACCCGAUCGAUCUGAUUCUCGGUGCUGAAAUAUUCUUUGAACUCUUUAGAGUGCCUGGUAGAAUUGCCCUUGGCGACGACCUACCAACAUUAGUAAAUUCCGUUUUCGGUUGGGUAGUCACAGGAAAAAAUCUUCAUUGCUCCUCCCAAUCUCCAAUUAUCGCAAAUGUCGCCUCUGUCGCCGAUGUGCAUCAGCUAAUGGAAAGAUUUUGGAAGAUUGAGGAAGAUAGCACGGAACCGUGUUAUUCUCUUGAAGAAGCAGCAUGCGAGGAGUACUUUCGACGGACAGUAACUCGUACUACAGAAGGGCGAUAA